GCCCUCCAGGCUCCACCCACCUUCCCAGACGCUCCUUGGUAGCUGAGGCACACACCGUUGGAAAACGUUUAUUUCCCCUGAAAAUUCUAUCUUUAUAGUUAUAUAAAUCAAAAACAAGCUUAAAUAUGAGGAUUCUUUUCUGCUACGGAACACCUCCCUUGGUACAACCCAAAAGACCAGUGUUUACUUUUCAUUAAAGAAUGGGGCCUGCUUGAUAUAUCAGCAGGUGAAGAACCAAAGAAGGGUUUAUCUUUAUUCUUCUUAGCAUUGAGAGUCUUCUCUUGGAACCAGUAGGCACAAUGGGGAAGCGGGAUAAUCGAGUGGCCUAUAUGAAUCCUAUAGCAAUGGCCAGAUGGAGGGGCCCAACUCAGUCUACAGGCCCAACAAUACAAGAUUAUCUGAAUCGGCCAAGGCCUACCUGGGAAGAAGUGAAGAAACAAUUAGAAAAUAAAAAGAAAGGCUCCAAGGCAUUAGCUGAAUUUGAAGAAAAAAUGAAUGAGAAUUGGAAAAAAGAAUUAGAAAAAAGCAGAGAGAAAUUAUUGAGUGGAAAUGAGAGGUCUUCUAAGAAAAGGGGAAAAAAGAAAAAGAAAAAGAAGAAAUCUUGUCGAUCUUCAUCGUCUUCAUCAAGCUCUGAUUCUUCAAGCAGUUCAGAUUCUGAGAAUGAGGAAAAGAAACAAGGAAAAAAGAGAAAGAAAAAGAAGAACCAUUCAUACAAAUCAUCAGAAAGUUCUACAUAUGAAUCUGGAUCAGAGAGCAAGGAAUCUGUAAAAAAGAAAAAGAAGUCAAAAGAUGAAACAGAGAAAGAAAAGUAUAUUAGAAGUCUCAGCAAAAAAAGAAAGAAGACUUAUCCUGAAGAUAAACCUUUGUCUUCAGAAUCCUCAUCAGAAUCAGAUUAUGAAGAGGAAGUGCAAGCAAAAAAGAAGAGAAGACAUGAAGAGCGAGAAAAAGCAACAGAAAAAGCAAAGAAGAAGAAGAAGAGGAAGAAGAAACAGCACAAGAAACAUAGUAAGAAGAAGAAAAAGAAGUCGGGUUCAAGUCACAAGUCAGGAUAACAAGAAAAAAGUUAAGAUUUUCCUAUUUUAAAAAGCAAGGAUUUAAGAAAAACUUCAACUGUGAAUGUUAAGUCAUAUUUACCAAAAUGCAUGUAUUUCCCUGUGCUAGUAGAAUUAUACCUGGACUGAGUGCCAGUCAUAUGCCACUGUGCCAGAAAGGGCCAUAAUCGUUGCCUGCAGCAUAAAUAUAUAAUUUUGUUUGUUUUUGUGUUUUUCCUUCCAAUUGUUGAUUCUUCUGAGAGCUAAAAUCCUGUUGUUCAUAUUAGUGGUUAAAACAUUUGGAAUUGACUUAAAUGUUUUAGAUAAUUUUGACCCCCAAAAUAUAUCUAAUUUAAAAGUAUAUAAUUCAGAUAAAUCUUUAAAAUAUAAUCAGAAAUAUCUAGAUGACUAUAGUUGACAUUUUUGAAACAUGUAUUAAUAUCAGAAUCCUUACUCUUGAAGAUUAUUUUACUUCUUAAUAAAUUUUAGUUUACAUGGGGAAAGGGCUUGUGGGGGGGAAAGUUUGAUAUCUCUCUGGCUAGCUGAAUAGUGUGCCUUUGAUCUUUACACAUCCUAUUUUUGCCAGUGCAGCAACCAUUCUUUUCUUAUUGAGUGAAAUUCUGGGAUGUUGUAUGCUGUUUCAAGUGAACAAGAAGACAGGAAGUGUAAGUAAGCCCCCAGUUCUAUGAAAUUUACCUCCACUUCAACAGUACUGAAUAAUGUUUAGCAUUAGAGUGUUACAUUAUUUGAAUUAACUUUGAUACCCUUUGAGGGGAAUCAUUUUAAAUAAACCCUGGUAUUUUUUGAUUAAUAAAGAUUCUGAAAUAUUUUGCAUGUUUUAUACUAUUGAUUUUUGAUUAUACAAGGAUAUUCUAUACAACCAGUAAUCCUUUUUAUAUGAUUUGUGCUUAGGAUACAAGUUUGUAAUUUCUUAAUCUAACUAUAUUUCAUUACUAGUUUUAAUUGCACACUUGAUAAAAUAGCAUGUAAAAAGAAGGUUUUUUAAAAAAAUUAAUGCCUUCAUAUUGAAGCUUGUUCACUGUAAGCAAGUUAAAUGCCAGACCUCUAGUAUGCUAUGUGUCUUGUUACAUAAAACUACUGCCAAAAUCUUAGUAAGUAUGCUGUUUAAAAGUUCCAUGUGUUAAACAUUAGUAUUGAAUUAAAAUAGGAGUUCAAUUUAGGAGAUAAUGACAUCUUUGAUCUUCCUGUGUCAUAUUUUACUAAGUUUUGGUGCCUCGUGUUUGUUGCUGGUUCAUGUUUACCAGUAAUGCUGAAAUAAGUUGAGAAUUAUUUUUAUUUUAUAUAUAUAUAUUGGAGUAAUACAAGUUAUCAAUUGAUGUCUCAAAAAAAAAAGCCACCUGUUACAGAGGAUGUGCUAUAGUAAUGUCAUAUUUACAGAGUAUUUUGGCAUGAUGGGAGAAUUGAUAGCUAUUUUUAAUAGCUGAUUUCAUAUCAGCUCUGUUGAAUUACAGGUAAAGUCGUUACAAAGAUAGAAAACAUCAAGUUAAUAAAUAUUGGCUCCCCAAAUUUUUGCAUUUGAAAUAUCAGAAUCUCUCAGUAAGGCUCUUGAAACAUUAUAAAUGUAAUGUCUUGUUAGAUCACCUUAAAACUUCAUAAAGUUGUUUUCUAAAAAAAAACAAAACAAAACAAAAAAACUAUAUAUGCUGAUAAAAAUAUUGUAUUUAAGGGAUAUUUUAUAUCCAUAUAGUUUUCCAAAAUUGUUUUUCAUUAAAAUAUAAAAAUAAUCGUAUAUUAUUUGUACAAUAUAGCAAUGACAUUAACAGUUUACCAAAUAUCUGUGUGCUCCUAUUCACUUCCUAGCCCUUUCUAGUUAGGCAAUGCCAUUUUAAUACUUCUAGCAGAGAGAUUUUUUAGAGAAGUUGUAAACAGAAAUGAGGUGUCAUUUCAAUACUGGAGCAGCAAAAUAUCCUGCAUGACCAUGAAGCUCUCUCUCUACCUACCAUGGUGACCUGAAAGCAAUGUAUUCUAAAUGACGUACUUAUAAGAUGGAUGCAGCCUGUAUCUCUAAGUUACUGUUUAUAAGGGACCUGCCCUGGAGAGCUUAUGGACUUGCAGUGUACGUUUUGAGAGUAAGAAAUAAACUGUUAUAUGUUAAUCCACUGA